AUGACUACUAGACUAGAUCAUGACUCGAUGUGGUGGUGGAUGGACUAGUCCUGUUCUUUCAUUUUGUCAGCUCGGAUCAAAGUUCAUUAAAUAAAAGGAAAUACAGUUAUUAUGCGUUUUAAUUUGGUUUGAUGAAGCAAGUCUUGAAACUUGUAGUUUUAGGAGUAAGGAGGACAUUACAUUUGUUGUAUGAAGUGAUUUUCGUGGGUUUUCUCUCUGCAGUAUGGUGCUGAAACAAUGUCCACAUUGCGAUCAACAGGUACCAGUGGCCUGCAAGGCGUGUUACUGUGGCUAUGAGUUCUUCCAGCGGCGGGUCUACCAUGCCAAACUUGAGCAGUCAUCAGAUCCAAACAAUAAAAACCGACGGACGGGUCGGGUGAAGAGAGAGAGACCUGACUACUACAGCGCCAGUGAAUUUGAGACACAUCUCAGACGGUUGUCGACCAAGUCAGAGCGAUGUGGAAGUAGCAACAGCCCCCUCAAGAGUCCCAAGAAGAAACACCGAGGACGACCGAGGAAGAAGGGUAGCACACUCAAUAAGAGCACCAAGACAAAGGUCAAAGGGGAAAGUUCAAACACAGAGACUAAAGACAACAAGGAGGAAGACGUCUAUGCAAACAUGUCUACGGAGAAUGCCUAUUCGUAUAUGGUGGUCCUUGCAGAGAUCAAUCGCAAACUACAAAGUCAAUGGAACGGGCCGGGCUCGGUGAACAGGAAAGAUACAAAGACUGAAAACGCCUCACAAUAUGUAUUUUGUGAAGGUAACACGUAGAUCAUGCUGGCACUGAAGCAAUGCAUUUUGGGAAAUCUGUCGGCAUCCAAGAAACUUUGCACCGAGACGCAUGCACUGGUGCAGAUCUCCUGGCGAGGACCUAUUCUUCACAUUAAACACAUUUGUUUUUUCCAAAAGGAACUCACAAAGAGGCAUUUUCCCAAGAUUGUGCAGCCUAGAACGGCUGUGAAAGCUUGCUAUGGAACCAUACAGGGUAACAUGGCCAAUGUUUUAACAGACCUUGUGUAAUAUUUUCCUACCAUUUAUAUUUUUGAGAUACAUGUAUCUACAUUAGAGAGUAGACUUAGGACGAUUAUGCUUAAUAGUUAAUAUACUAUAACACACAAGUAAAUCCUUGUCAUUUCACUGGAGGAUUGUAGGUCACGCGGCAUUCAUUAAUCAAACCAUUGCACGGCCUACGUCAUAAACCGUACAUUUUUGGUUCCAUUCACCGUGCAUUUUCGUCCCAUCCCUUUUGAUCUAUUGCAUGCGCACGCUAGACUAAAGAUCAUAAAGCGCCGCACAUAGACGCGCAGCUGCGCUAUACAAUCUUUGUGCUACAUCACAUCAUGUGUUUUAUUAUACGGCAGUACGAAACUUGCCUUUGAAGUGGAUGCAGUUACGAACUGAAUUUGCCUUGCAGAUUUGUUUGCAUUGUUUUAAGAACUCACAGUAUUAAUGUUGAUAUUGUAAUUGGGUUUGACUUUUAAAAGACUUUGUUAACUUUCAACAAGCUGAAAAAAAAGUAGAUACCAGAACAAUUUUGUACAUUUUGUUUGUUCUUGUAGUUUUAUCCUCCAAUCAAAUGACAAAGAUCUACUUGGAUGUUAUAUGAAGCAAAUAAUGAAUGCUUUGCAUUCGUGCAGUGGUGAGAAUAUUUUCAUGAGUUGAAAGAUGGAAUAAAAAUAUUCUCACCAUUGCACUCAUAAACAUUCAUUAUUUGUAUACCAUUUGAUUAACCUGCAAAAAGGAAACAGGUAAAUCCGUUGGCUAUCUAGUAAAAUUAAUUGAGUUGACCUGAUUUUUUUAAAAUCAUUUUGUUGUUUACAUCUGAGGUCUCAGUCUAUUCCAUACCCUUUAGUACUAGAGAAAUAAGUGGUAGAAUUUGAAACUAGUUGUUCAACAUUAGCCGAAUCUUCAAAACAUCGUCCCUAACAUGCAUCCCCCCUUUGAACACACCAAACCACGCCCACCCCUCCCAUCAUCUUCUCCCCUUCACAAACUGUAUGAUUAAAUAAUUAUGCCGGGAAAAACUUUAACGAACCAAUUCUUAAAAAACUUUGUACAGUGUUAAUAUUUAAAACGAUUAUACGAAUUGUCUAUGUAAUCAUUUUUUUUUAUUAUGCAUGUUCAUUCCACAUUGAAUCGGCUUCCAAUAAAGAAAGAAAUUACUUAUAA